CAUAUUACAACUGAAAACACUCCAUCUGUUUCUUACCUAGGAUAAACAUCAUUUAGAUUGAGAAAAAACACUUUAUAGUCAAUCCAAGAAUCAAUCUUUUACAAAAGUUACAGGACAAAAAUUUAUACAUUUAUAAAUGCUAUUUCUCUUCAAAAUCAUUCUGUUCUACUUGACCUUAAUAACAGUUGCGGCGACACCUAUCUUAAACAAAAAGAUAUUUCCAUUUUACGACUUUUUACACACUGUUGCUCCAAUAUAUUUAAGAGCACAAUUUAAUGGCAACCCUAACGUUCAAUAUUGGACAAAAAUUGCCUGGUGGGCAUCUUUUGUUGCUGGUGAUGGGGGGCUGGUAGAUAAUGUUAACGUUGGUAUCGACGCCUGUCAAUCUUGUAUUGCCAACCACCAGUCUCCAAAUUUCAAUUGUCGAAAUGAUAUAGUCUCAUUAGUCAAGAUGUCGAUUACAAACGUUACAAAAGGUGUCGUGGGAUGGAUGAGUGGUUAUGGCGCUAAUGGUGUCGACGGAAAUGGUUCUCCUGUUAAGAGACAACUUAGCAACCGUAGUGGUGAUGCUGAUAUUGAUACUUUUGAUCCAGUUAUUGAAAACUGGACUUCGAAUAACACAACAAGACAUUUAGCCACUGCUCAUAUCAGAUCUGGAGCUACAAUGCUAUCUAAAUCGUCAAUCAACGAUGAAGAUGGCAAUACGAGUAUACCAUUCUUAUCACGGCAACGCUUGCCAAAUUAUGCUACUAACUAUGGAAAUCAAACAUUAGUUAAAAGAUACCCAACGUUAGAUUAUCUGUGCCAAGGGUACAUGGCCGUGUCAUAUUGCGCCGAUGUCAAUUCUAUUGCCAGACUCGUCGAUGAUAAUAAUGACAUCGAAUCCUCAGUCAGCGAAGUGUACGAUUUGGCAACUGAAGGUAGCAGCUGGACGUCCAAGUUCUACAAAUUGUAUACGACGAAUAGUGAUGAUGUUAGCGAAUCAUGGCAAGCUUCAAUGCGGGUAUUCUAUAUAGAGCCGAAUUCGCAUCCAUACGAAACUGAAUGUGAUACUGGGAGUUAA